UCUUCCAUUUCCAUGUUUUCAUUCGCGUUCACUCGGUUUCGCAAAAGUUGUCGUCAUAUUUGUUGUCGUGGUGUCGGAGGAUUGGCUGUCCGUACAAUUAAUUUGCAAUUGCAAUUUGUACUGUUAUGAUGUCCAGUGUUUUAAGUGAAGUAUCUUCACUCCCUCACGAAAACAUCUUCUAAACCUUUAGAAAAAUAUGAAGCAGAACCAGUAACAGAAUCGCAAACAGACACAGCAACGAUGAAUCAACCGAAGGAUGCAAUUAUUCGCAUAGAUGUGCCAGGCACAACGAAACAUGCAGAGAGAACAGAGCAGGCAGACAUCAACAUACUAUGCCUUGACCUAAACCCAUUCAGUUUCAUAAUUCAAUUCAUGUUCUGUCUAGUCUCCGUAUUCAUAUUUUACUUAGCAUAUGGAUAUUUUCUUGAAUUAUUAUUUACAAAUUCUGAAGUAAGCUUAUACAUAACUCUAGUUCAAUUUUUGAUAACAACCGCAUUGAGUUACAUUGAAUCGUUGAUAAGGAGUCGUAUAAAACGGAAGGUACCACUGAGAACAUAUGCUCUACUAGCAGGACUGACCCUCGGUACCAUGGCGUUUUCAAACCUUGCUCUGAGCUACCUAAACUAUCCGACGCAGCUGAUCUUCAAGAGCUGCAAACUAAUACCUGUGAUGAUUGGCAGUAUUAUUAUAUUGGGCAAACGGUACGGGUUUCUGGACUAUGUGUCUGCUGUGGUCAUGUGUAUUGGCCUCACUAUGUUCACUUUAGCGGACUCCCAAACAUCACCGAAGUUCAACUUUAUAGGUGUAAUAGUGAUAUCACUAGCGUUGUUAUGUGACGCUAUCAUCGGCAACGUACAAGAAAAGGCGAUGAAACAACAUCACGCUUCUAACAACGAAGUCGUGUUCUAUUCCUACGCUAUCGGCUCCAUAUACUUGCUGUUUAUAACUGUGCCUACUGGGAUCAUGUCGGCGGGCAUUGAGUAUUGUGCACGGGAUCCAUUAACAACGUACUGGGAUAUAUUCUUCCUGAGUUUGACUGGGUACUUGGGACUACAAGCAGUAUUAACACUGGUCCGAAUCUGUGGCGCCACCAUCGCUGUGACGGUGACCACCUUCAGGAAAGUGCUCUCCAUCAUCAUAUCGUUCCUGGUGUUCAGCAAGCCUUUUGUGUUCCAAUACGUAUGGUCGGGAAUGCUAGUAAUACUAGCGAUAUACCUAAACCAUUAUAGUAAGAAGAAUCCAAACUACGUUCCUAGCGUCGUGGUGCGAUGCUGGCAGUAUAUGAACGGGCUCUACCAGUCUGAGUACCGGUAUCUAAGGAUUAAGAGCAAAAUGUAUGCUGACACCGUUUAAUUAUAUGUGAUCUUUUUAUAAUAUCGUGAGACAUACUAAAUUAACUAGGAAUCACGGUUUACUCACGUAAAUUAAUGGAGAAAAGCUCUAUUAGUUAUGAGUUCCAGAGGGAUUCUUCAUUAUGAGCAGCGUGCGCAGACGCGGCGACGUCGCGCUGCCUACUGUAUGUGAUCUUUAGUUUUAUUAGGUUUUAAGUAGAUGAAUGGGAUGAGUUUGCUUUCACGGGAUUUCGUUCAAAAACUGAUUGCUUAUAUAAUAUUCUUUUAGUAUUAUUUUGACACAAGUUACUCAGAUUAUCACAGAAAUUGCAUUGUAUUAUAACUUUCAUAAGACAUUCCAAAUAAUUAUUAUGUUUUUCGGCUUACUCACGUAACUGUUUGACGAGGAACUCGACUAGUUUCAAGCCAUUGCAGAGUGGAGUAGUUUAGUCAAACAGUAACGUGCGUGAGUAAACCGAAAAUCAUGAUUUUAAUUUAGAAAUGACAUUGCCAGCAAAAUUAUUAAGAAAUAUUAGUUUGUUCAAGUGUAAAAAGUUAAAUAAUGGUUUUCAAAAUACUCUCCCAAGUUGAUAUAAUAAUUGUGUAAAUGAAAUUCCUUUUCCUCAAUGUUAGAUAUGGAUAUUGAUAUUAAAUAAAAUGUUUUUUAAAAUGUACUUUUUACGAGUUAGCACAAUUUUAUGUAAAUAAAUAUUAUUACAUAUUUAGAUAAUACUAAGACAAUAUGUAAAACAUAUUGAGAUCGCUCCAUUAGUAGAAAAAAGUAAUUUAAGCGAUUUUAGCUAAUUUAAUUAUGUACUAGGUGUAUAUUAUGUCAUAGCCUUUUACUAAGCCGUUUUAAUUUUAAUAUAUUAUGUAUUUAUUAUUCGUUUAACCCCUUGUAUAUAAGACAACAAUAGAAAAUACAUUGUGUCUAGCAUCGAUCCACGUUUCGGCAUACGACGGGUGAAAUUCCGCAUAGCUUAGAAACGACUGGAUCUAUUUUGCAAUCAUGCGUGUUGAUAAGUUUUGCUUCGUUAUCCAAAUGCUAUGCUUUUUUAGCAAUCGGGUCAUUUUUAUUUAAUGUCCCAUCAUCAUCCCCGUUGUAGGCAGUCGAAUUUCAGAAAAUGCCAAAUUCUAUAUUAUAGCUUUUUUCUAGUAUAGUUUAGGUAUAUUAUCUCGUGACAAUACAAUCGAUUACCCAGUGAUUUUUAAUUUUGAGAUUAUACAUAUCAUGUUGGUGUGAAUAUGAGUUUUGAUCCAAUAAUUUUUCGUAUGCGAGUAUCCUGAGGGGCUUGGCAAUAAUUGAAAAUACAUGUUUAUUUGUUAGUAGACUUGAUAAUGUGAUGAUACCAGCUUUUAUUUAUAUUAUAAUUAAAAAUGUACGACAUUUAUUUUAAUUUAUAGAAUUAUGUGAAUCAACGGAUGCAUUUGACAUGAAUCGCAUUGUAAAUGUAGGUGGAAGUAUGUAAAUGAAAUAAAAUAAUUUAUAUCAAUGA